AUGGCUGUUAAAUCUGGUAUUGCUGUUGGUUUGAACAAGGGUAAGAAGGUCACCCCAAUGACCCCUGCUCCAAAGGUCUCUUACAGAAAGGGUGCCUCCUCCAAGAGAACCACCUUCGUCAGAUCUAUCGUCAGAGAGGUUGCCGGCAUGGCCCCAUACGAGAGAAGAUUGAUCGACUUGAUCAGAAACGCCGGUGAGAAGAGAGCCAGAAAGGUCGCCAAGAAGAGAUUGGGCACCUUUGGCAGAGCUAAGGCUAAGGUUGAGGAAAUGAACGAGAUCAUUGCUGCUUCUAGACGUCACUAG